AUGGUUGCAAAAACGUGGAACGUGGGCGUGGUUGGCUACGGCCUCAGUGCCAAAAUCUUCCAUAUCCCCUUCAUCACAGCUGUUCCAGAUUUCAAACUGUAUGCCAUUGUCCAACGAACGCCAAAGCCGGAUGACGAUGCAGAGAAAGACUUCCCCGGAGUCAAAGGAUACCGAAGCGCAGAUGACCUUGUUAAAGACGCCGAAGUUGAUGUUGUUGUGAUUACCACGGCGCCGGAUUCUCACUACGCACUAACUAAACUAGCAUUGGAUGCUGGAAAACACGUGGUCGUCGAGAAACCCUUUGUCCCCACGUACAAGGAAGCAGAGGAGCUAGUAGCUUUGGCAGAGAAACAAAACAAGCUGCUGGCCGUCUAUCAAAAUCGUCGUUUCGAUGCGGAUUAUUUGACCUUAUCGAAGCUCAUCAAGAAUGGUUCUCUGGGUAGAGUCGUAGAGUACGAAACACACUUUGACCGCCAUCGCCCUGAGGCGCCCGUUAAUUCCACUUCCUGGAAGACCAAGGUUAUUCCGGCAAGUGGCGCAAUUUACGAUCUGGGAACGCAUCUCUUGGACCAAGCUGUCCACUUAUUUGGAUUGCCCCAGCGUGUUACAGCGUUCAUUGGCAGUCAGCGAGAAAUUAAUCCCACCGGCUUAGAAGAUUCAUUCACCGCUCUCCUGCACUAUGAUAAUGGCCUGAUGGUGACUGCGAAGGCUGCUGUUGUGAGCCCCGAAGAGAACCAACUUCGUUUCUGGGUCAGAGGUGACAAGGGAAGUUUUAAGAAGUAUCAUCUCGAUAUUCAGGAAAAUCAAUUAAGGGCUGGCGUUCGGCCUGGCGAUAGCGGCUACGGUCUUGAGCCUAGCGACAGAUAUGGCGUGCUCACCACGAUCAAAGACGGCAAGCCAUCUUCUGAGACAGUGCCGACCGUCGAAGGCCCGACUUACGUAGAGUACUACCGCAAGCUUGCACGUGCCUUGGGAGGAGAGAAUGUCAUCCCUGCCAGCGGUGCUGAGGCUAGCCAGGUUAUUCGAUUGAUUGAGUUGGCCAAGGAGAGUUCCAAACUGCGCAAGACAUUGGACCUGCAGAAGAAUGAGGAGAAACUUGGGCUCAAGCCCACGAGAAUCGACUCAAUCGAGAUCCCAGAGGCUCUAACCCCGAAACGACCUAGUCCCGAUUUCCCCGGAUUUCGAGCCAGCCAAUCACGCGCGACUUGA